GGAGCCGUUGGGGCACAAAGUUACAGCGACUUCCCUCCUCCAACCUUCCUUGCUGGAUCUCAUCCCCUACCCACAGGCCCUAUUGCUAACGAAUACCCAGCACCACGUCCGUCUCAUCCUGCAAACAUAGGGAGUGGCUACAAUAGCCAGUGGCCAUAAAAUCUUUUUCCAUACAGUUUUUCAGCUGGAGCUCUUCUGCCACCUUUAGUGCAGCCUCCAGACAUUACGGUUCCACCACAGUUUCAGCAGGGCGAAGAUCCUCCAUCCUACAUGACCCUUUACCUAUCUCCUCACAGUACUCCUGGCAGUGGGUCAGAUCACAACAAUUAGCACUCUUUACCUACAUUUAGCACAGUUACCUGUGUUGUGUGUGUAGUGGGAGGAGUGUGUGUUGGUGUGUUUUGUUGUAACAUAAAUGUAUGAGUAAAAAAUGAACAAAAAUCUCGGCCCUUCAGAGAUCAGUCUUAAUGGGAGUAGACCAAAAUUUGUUUUUGAGCUGAAGCUUCUACAAUGACAUACAGUACAAAAAAGUCAGUGCCAAAAUCAGAAUUCACAUCAGCAUCAGAGCGCAAAAACCCGGGUCGACGCAGCAUUUCAUUUUACAUGAAGCUGAGCCGAUAAAAUUCUGAGUCAAUUGCCGGGUCGGUUUGACCCAGGUCAACCCUUUCACAUCAAGUUAAAAACCCGGGUCAAGCCGGUGUGAACAGGGCUUUAGAAUCACCAAUCAACCUCACCAAUCAUCCUAACCAGAAUCACCAAUCAAUCUAACCAGCAUGUCUUUGGAUAAUGAGAGGAAACUGAAGUACCCAGGGAGAACCUGCACAGUUUCAGGGAGAACACAAGGCCACCACUGUGCCUAAUUGUUUUAUGUUCAAACAUUUUUAUUCAUAUUGAAAUUAACUAUUUUAUGUUACCAUUUUUUAGGGUAUUGUUUGUGUUUUUAUUUUCAAAUAGUUCAAAAGAAACCUCUAUAGAUGAACAAUGUUUUGUACAGUUACGGUUGUCUUCAAUAAAUAAGACACUGUUGCUACAGGGCUGUGCUUUACAUCUUUUUUCAAACAAAAAUGCUUUUCGGGGGUAGUGGGUAUGACAACCUAAUUUCCGGGGCUGAAUAAAGUAAGUAAUCAAUCAAUCAAUCAAUCAAUCUAUCUAUCUAUCUAUCUAUCUAUCUAUCUAUCUAUCUAUCUAUCUAUCUAUCUAAAUAAGACACUUGCUACAGGGUUGUGCUUUACAUCUUUUUUUUUCAAAAAUGUUUUUUUCCGAUUAGCGGGUACUUCUCUGAAAAAAAAAAUUCACAGAGGAUGCAUCACUCAAAAAAGGUUUAAGAAUCAGUGGUAUAGAGACGAAACCGUUACAAAAGUAUCGAUCCGAUACCGAUGAUGCCCUUGGUAUCAAUAUUAUCGAUAUUUAGAUCGAUACGCCCAGCCCUACUUUUACAAAGUCAAUCAGCGAAUUGUCAACAGAGUCACCAACUGGCAACUGGAAACAGCAUGUCUCCGAUAAAGGACUUCAGCCUGACUUAUGAAGCGAUUAACGAGGAUAUCACUUUCUCCGUGGGAGAUACCAUUACAGGGACCGUUACUUUCAAUUUGACAGAAGACACCAAAGUCAAAAGCGUCCUGGUAAAAGUCAAAGGGGAUGCGAACGUCCGCUGGACCGAGUGGAAAGGGAAUGAGAGGAGAACCUACAGUGCGCACAGGAGAUAUUUCAAACUGAAAGAAUACUUCGUAGAAGAAAACACUCAAGGCACUGUGUUUCCCAAAGGUAUCCAUCAGUUUAACUUCAGGUUUCAAAUCCCGCAGGGGGAUUUGCCAUCAUCCUUCAGGGGGAAUCAUGGACAUAUUACCUACAUGCUUGAAGCAAAAAUAUCCAGGAGCUGGCGGAGGCCUUCAAAAACACAAACAGAGAUCAGUUUUGUUUCAAAGACCUUUCCGUAUGAAGGUCAAGUAAUGUGUUCACAGUCUGGUUCAGUGACUAAAGACAUAGGGACCUUCUCCAAAGCAGAAGUUCAAUUGUCUGCUACUGCUAACAAGAAGGUCUGCUCUCCAGGUGACACGUUGUCUGUUGUUGCCAAAAUCACCAACUCUUCUUCCAAAAAUGUGAAGCCCAAAUUUAAAUUGGUGCAGACGACAGUGUACCAUGCAUCCGGCUCCAGAAAGAUAAAAGAAAAAAUUCUAGCCAAAGUGGUUGGUGACGCUAUCGAGCCAAGAUCCGAGAAAACAGUCUCCUGCCGGCUGAAAAUUCCUGCUGAUGCCAUUUACAGUAUCCAUAACUGUGAAAUCCUCACAGUAGAAUAUAACCUCAAGGCAUAUGUGGACAUCAGUUUUGACUUUGACCCAGAGGUGGUGUUUCCACUGGCCGUCGUUGCACCUAAACUUGUUGCCAUGCACCUCAGUGAGGUUGCAAGGCCUAACCCACCCGAAGCCGUUGGGGCGCAAAGUUACAGUGACUUCCCUCCUCCAACCUUCCCUGCUGGAUCUCAUCCCCUACCUGCAGGCCCUAUUGCUAACGAAUACCCAGCACCACGUCCACCUCAGCCUGCAAACGUAGGGAGUGGCUCCAAUAGCCAGUGGCCACAAAAUCUUGCUAGAUGCAACUUUUUAGCUACAGCUCCCGUGCCACCUUUAGUGCAGCCUCCAGCCAUCACGGUUCCACCACAGUUUCAGCAGGGCGAAGAACCUCCACCCUACACGACCCUGUACCCACCUCCUCCUUACGAUACUCCUGCCAGUGGGUCAAGCUGAGCCUCAAGCAUAACCCAGAAAGCAUGAGUUAACUAUUUAUUAUCCAGUCUAUCAUACAUUUGCUCUUUUAAAGAAUGAACAUGGAGUUUGUAUCGGUACUAGUGUUCUGUCAUUAAGUUCAUUGUUCAUUAAAAACUUAUUUUCACUUGGUUACUUAUUCUUAUCCAUAUGUAUGGAUAUGCACAAGCUUUUAACUUAUUCUACAUGUAAGCGUGAUGUUUACCAUUUUUUGAAAGGUCAACAAGCCUCAGAUUUUUCACAGACAACUUGAAAAAUGGUUAACCUGGAUCGUUUUUUGCUUAUUUUGAUCACAUUGUUCAUGGUGCAUCAGGAUGGAGAAAAACAUCAUGUGAUCACUCAAGCCCCUUGCACCCCUCCUCCUCAAAAACCUGUCCCAUGCCUCACUAACAAGUGGGGCAAUCCUAUUCAACCAUUUUCUCCUUAUAACAGAUUUAUGCUCUUUAAAACUAAUUAGUAGUCCAUGGGGUUGCAGCACAGUGGUUGUAAAUAGUUUUCUUGCCAGACAAAGUUGUAAACGCGAACUGUUUUCUUGGGUAGGGGUGAGCACAGUCUGAACUGUGAUCCACAGGGUUUUUCUGUAACAGUAUUAUACACAAUCGGUUGCAGCUCAUACAAAUCAGAUGUAAAUGGCACAAAACUACUGGACUUUGUUUACAAGGCCUAUGCCAACCAUCUACUAUAGCAGCAGGUGGAAAGUAGGAAUAAAAAUGGCUGUGAUGAAGGCCCUUUUUCAUCAUUUAGACUGAAAAACUGAACUGACAGUAUAUCACAUGGACACCUGAGUUUUAUCGAUUCAAGUACAUGCGAUGAAAUAACUGACUCAUAGACAGAUGAAGAUUGGAACUAAUUUAUUGUGUGCUUGGAUGUGUUUCUCUGUUUUCUCAGCUGCCACUGAUUAGCUUAACUUAAUAAGCUUAGGAAAAGAGACAGUGAUGUUGCAGUAUAUUGUGUAUAUUAUGAAAUCUUGUGUGAUAAUGUUUCUUACCUUUGCUGUCUCCUCAGGUGUUGAGUGUAAAAGAGUUCACCGCAGGCCUGAACGCCUUUUUAAAAGGCCCGGGAGAGGCCAUUAGAAUAGUUGGAAAGCAGGUACCAAAUGUUGGUCUAUGAUAAAGAAGUGGUAGGGCUUAACAUGUAAUUGGUGGGAGCCUAUAAAAGGGAGCCUGGGCACAUAGAGGGAUUGAUGAUGAUGAUGAUGAUGAUGAUGAUGAUGAUGAUGAUGAUUGACUGGCAGGCAGUGACUCCUACCUCAGCCCAACAAAGUGUAACAAAUAUGUUUUUCCCUUUUUGUCUUUUAAGUCAUUUUUGUAUUACAUUUGUACUGAUGAAAUAAAGACUUGGUUGGUCUU